AUGGGAAGAGCGCCAUGCUGCGAGAAGAUGGGGUUGAAGAGAGGUCCAUGGAUGCCUGAUGAAGAUCUAACCUUGAUCUCUUUCAUUCACAAACAUGGCCAUAGUAACUGGCGAGCCCUCCCUAAGCAAGCUGGACUUUUGAGAUGUGGAAAAAGCUGUAGACUUAGGUGGAUGAACUAUUUAAAACCUGACAUUAAAAGAGGCAAUUUCACCAAAGAAGAGGAGGAUGCUAUCAUUAGCUUCCACCAAAUCCUUGGCAACAGAUGGUCAGUAAUUGCAGCAAAAUUGCCAGGAAGAACGGAUAAUGAGAUCAAGAACGUAUGGCACACUCACCUGAAGAAAAGACUCAAAGAUUACCAACCCGCUAAACCUAAGAGCAGCAAUAAGAAGAAGGGUACUAAACCUAAAUAUCAAUCCUUACCGGCGAAACUGAACAGUACUAGAAGUGAAUCAGAGCUCGGAAAUUCAUCAAAACCUUCUUUUGAAAGCUUAUUCUUGGCAUCACCUUCGACAAGUGACGAGGUUUCUUCGGUGACACUCAUGAGCCUCGAAGGCCAUAACAACGAGGCUAAGAUGGAUAAUAAAUUGGGAGACAUCAGUACUGCAGACCAAGAUUGUUGUUCUUUAGAUAUCGACGAGAGCUUCUGGAACGAGGCGCUAUAUAGCCAAGAUGAACAUAAUAACGCAUUGAAUCUUGAAAUGGCUGGUUUUGAUGAUGAGACACAACAAGAGUUUCAGCAGUUAGACUCCGUUGGAAAUGAGAUGGUUUUCGACAGUGCGAUGGACUUCUGGUUCGAUGUAUUCGCGAGAACUGGAGGGGAGCAAGAACUAUUAGCUGGGCUAUAAUAAAUUAACAUGUUUGAAGAGUAAAGUCAAAUGGUACAAAUAAUAAUGGCUAAGAAAAGUCUUAACUUUUGAUUAAAACUAGCUAGUUCUCCAAGAUUGAGUCGUUAGCGACUUCGAGUAGUAAACAAUGACGAGUGAUUAACUAUAACGUAGAUUACCUUGUUGAUGAAAUAAAUAACCGACAAACAUUGGAUGCCAUGACAAUGGGAAAUCGGCCAAUUCUUACCUCAACAGACAGUUGCGGUUCCAAUCAGGACAUCAACUCGGAUCAUGUGCUAAACAUAAAUCAACAUAGAAUAUAUUAAAAUUUCAUACAUCAACUAACAAAAUUUGGCUUUUACAUACAUUGACCAAUAGUCCGUUAGUUAAAUAUAACGGAAUCUGAACUGUUAUAUAUUGAUUACGUGUCAUUAUAAAAUAUUACCUGACAUUUUAUAUUUUAAAUAAUUAAUAAUAAUAAAAAAAAUGUUUGAGUAGGGGAGACUCAAACCCGAGCCUAAUGGAUAUUAGAUCAGAUCCAUUAGCUAUUAUGCCAAACAUAGUUUAUUGAAUAUAGUCUCUAUUGUUUACUAUUAUACGCAUUUUGUCAAAUGUUUC